GCCUUUAAACCUUCCCACGCUACAAUUUUGGGCAUAUUUAACCACUUCCAGUCCGGACGCUUUCCCCCCUUCCAGUCCGGACACUUCCCCCCCCCUUCCAGUCCGGACACUUUCCCCCCUUCCCAGUCUGGACACUUUCACCCCCCCCUUCCAGUCCAGACACUUUCCCCCCUUCCAGUCCGGACACUUUCCCCCCCCUUCCAGUCCGGACACUUUUCCCCCCCUUCCAGUCGGACACUUUUCCCCCCCUUCCAGUCCGGACACUUUCCCCCCUUCCAGUCUGGACACUUUCCCCCCCUUCCAGUCCGGACACUUUCCCCCCCCUUCCAGUCCGGACACUUUCCCCCCUUCCAGUCUGGACACUUUCCCCCCCUUCCAGUCCAGACACUUUCCCCCCUUCCAGUCCGGACACUUUCCCCCCCCUUCCAGUCCGGACACUUUCCCCCCCUUCCAGUCCGGACACUUUCCCCCUUCCAGUCCGGACACUUUUUCCCCCCUUCCAGUCCGGACACUUUCCCCCCCUUCCAGUCCGGACACUUUUCCCCCCCCUUCCAGUCUGGACACUUUCCCCCCUUCCAGUCCGGACACUUU